CUUGCAUCUAAACCCUUUCCAUCUCUCAUCCUGCAGGAUGAAGAAACACGUAAAGAUUAUGACUACAUGUUGGAUCAUCCUGAAGAGUAUUACAGGCAUUAUUACCACUACUACAGCAGGAGGUUGGCCCCAAAAGUGGACGUCAGAAUAGUGAUUCUAGUUACGGUGUGUGCCAUCUCUGUGUUUCAGUUCUUCAGCUGGUGGAGUAGUUAUAAUGAAGCUAUCAACUACCUAGCGACAGUGCCAAAAUAUCGCAUACAAGCUACUGAGAUUGCCAGGCAACAAGGUUUACUCAACAGGACUAAAGAAAAAGGCAAAAACAGGCGGUCUAAAGAAGAAAUCCGUGAAGAAGAGGAAGAAAUCAUCAAAGACAUUAUCAAAAAUAAAAUAGAUAUAAAAGGCGGUUAUCAGAAGCCCAAGAUAUAUGAUAUCCUUCUAUUUCAGAUCCUUCUUGCUCCUUUUUACUUGUGCAAAUACAUAGUUUGGUACUGUUGGUGGAUUUAUUGUUUCACCAUUAAAGGGCAGGAAUACGGUGUGGAAGAGAAGCUUUAUAUCAUACGGAGAUAUAUGAAAAUGUCGCAGUCUCAGUUUGACAGCCUAGAAGAUCAUCAAAAGGAGACCUUUCUUGAACGGCAGCUAUGGAUACGAGAAAACUAUGAGGUCUAUAAACAGGAACAAGAGGAAGAGUUGAAGAAGAAGAUGGCCAUGGAUCCCCGAUGGAAAAGAUACCGGAGGUGGAUGAGAAAUGAAGGACCUGGAAGACUAACUUUUAUUGAUGACUAAAAGCUGAUGCACAAAUCUAUGCUAAUGUUGAAACUGACUUGCAAAACUUCUUCACUACAUCAUUCAGAGUUUUAUCUGCUGUGGCUCAGCAGUGAUCUAAAACUCAGGAAUUAUUACAAUCAGGCUGAAAAAUAGUACAAGUUUACCAUUUCUAUAAGUCAAAUCUAUUAAACAGACUUAGCUCAAUGUAUAUAUUCCACUUACUUGGGGAUUUCAGAGUGGAUCUAUGAUGUGGAAUUCACUGUUUCAAAUAAUGUAUUUUCCUCUACGUAUUUCAUAUUCCUGAUCAAUAGAACCAUAACUUUCAUCUUUCCCAGAGUGUUUCUAGAUCAACCUGUGAAAUGAAGUGUUUCUGCAAAUGGACACUGGCAAUUUGGAAAUGCUCAAAAGGACUCUGAAGCAAGGACCAUUUUCUGCCUUCCUCUUCUCUCUUUUUCCCUACUUUUCAACUUAAGUUCUGAAAUGGCAAAUUGUUUUUUUGAUGUAGACUGCAAUAUGGGGAUUAUGCCUGACUCUUUCUUCUGCUAUCCCUGGUCCAGUUGGAAAUUUGAAUUUUAUUCUUUGUGGGAAUAAAUGAUGCAUGACAGAUCAUCAUUGUGAUGCAAACAAGCCUUAAUUCUUUGUUCUACAGAGUGAUACAUGAAGUAGUAUGCUUAAAUCUUUUGCGUGUGGUUUUUAAUCUUGUACGUUGGAUUGUACCUACUUGUUCGAAACAAGUGUACCAGUAAACAUUAGUCUACUAAAUGUGACAUUUCUUUCACCAAAGUAUUGGUAAAGGGGAAAAUGACCCUUUUGUUUAAAAGGGCAAUUUUGAU